AUGGUGGCGUCCGCCGACCGCCGCGAAAGUUUCGGCGUGGACAGCAGCCUGUUCCACCACCGGAAGAGCAAGACCAGUGCCAACAAGCAGGGCAAGGACGCCAACAAAGGCAAGCAGUCGUCCGACGUGGCCGUGUACACGAUAUCAGUGGUCGGCGGCUACGAGAACCAGGGCUACAAACGGGAUGACCUGCAGUCCGGCGACGGGGGCCUUGCCAAGCCGCCGCUCGGUAGCAUGGCCGACGGCGACGGCGACGACGACCAGUCCAAGGGCAAGUUCAAGAUGUCGCCCAAGGAGAAGUGGCGGAUCCUGAAGAACGUGUCCACCAUCAGCCUGGCGUUCAUGGUCCAGUUCACCGCGUUCCAGGGCACGGCCAACCUGCAGAGUUCUAUCAACGCCCGCGAGGGCCUGGGCACAGUGUCCCUGUCCGCCAUCUACGCGGCGCUGGUGCUCAGUUGCAUAUUCGUUCCCACGUUCCUCAUCAAGCGGCUGACAGUCAAGUGGACGCUGUGUCUGUCCAUGCUGUGCUACAUACCAUACAUCGGUGCCCAGUUCUACCCGCGGUUCUACACGCUGGUGCCGGCCGGCGUGCUCGUGGGCCUGGGCGCCGCUCCCAUGUGGGCCGCCAAGGCCACGUACCUCACUCAGACCGGGGCCGUGUACGCCAAGCUCACCGACCAGCAGGUGGACGGUAUUGUCGUCCGGUUCUUUGGAUUCUUCUUCCUGGCUUGGCAAACCGCUGAGCUUUGGGGCAACCUCAUCUCUUCGUUGGUAUUGUCUAGCGGUGGCCACGGCGGCGGUCUAGGCGACAACAGCACGAUGCUAUCCGAAGAGGAAUUGCGAUUGUGCGGUUCAAAUUUUUGCGUGAUGGGAAACCACGCCAUCGACAACCUGGAAAGGCCACCAGACUCGGAGAUAUUCGAGAUCAGCACCAUAUACCUCACGUGCAUCGUACUGGCCACCAUCAUAAUAGCCCUGUUCCUGGACCCACUUUCCAGAUACGGAGAGAAACAGAGGCGUGCCGAUAGCCAAGAACUGUCGGGUAUUCAACUGCUGUCGGCCACGGCUUAUCAGCUGAAAAAACCUUACCAACAGCUCCUCAUACCGAUCACCAUUUGGAUUGGAAUGGAACAAGCGUUCAUCGGAGCCGAUUUCACGCAGGCGUACGUGUCCUGCGCCCUGGGCAUUCCAUCCGUCGGGUACGUGAUGAUAUGCUUUGGCGUGGUCAACGCAAUAUGCUCGUUGCUGUUCGGAACCAUUAUGAAGUACAUCGGAAGACUGCCGCUGAUGGUGCUGGGUUUCGUCGUCCACUCGAUACUCAUAUGGAUCCUGAUCGUGUGGCGACCUCAUCCCAACAACCCCAAACUGUUCUUCACCAUAUCGGGACUGUGGGGCGUCGGCGACGCCGUCUGGCAGACUCAAAUGAGCGGUAUCUACGGGACGCUGUUCAGGCGCAACAAGGAGGCGGCGUUCAGCAACUAUCGGCUGUGGGAGUCGGCCGGCUUCGUGGUGGCGUACGCUUACAGCACCCACCUGUGCGCCCGGAAGAAGCUGUACGUCAUGGGCGUCGUGCUGUUCGUCGGGUUCGUCGGGUACAUAAUCGUCGAAAUCAGGCACAGCGUCAAGGCCAGGAGGCUCAAACGGCUGGCCGACGACCCGAAGUCGGAGCCGCUGCCCGACGAGACCGUCAACGAGACCGACGACGAGAAGGACGACAUCGACGACGAGAUCAUCGUGACGCAUUUAUGA